AUGAGCGGACUGAUCGGGGCCAACAAUCAAUUUGGACAACAGUUUGGUCACCCAGAUGCAAACAUGCAGGGAAUCCUGACCUCGAUCUAUGAUAUUGGCUGCGCUGUCGGAUGUCUGCUUAGUUUUGUUGUCGGUCAUAAACUCGGUCGGAGGAAGAUGAUCAUGGCAGGAGGCACGAUCAUGGUCAUUGGCACCGUUAUCCUGGGUUCUUCCUAUACCAGAACCCAGUUUUUGGUUGGCCGUGUUGUCACAGGGUUUGGAAAUGGCAUCAACAGCAGUACUGUCCCAACAUACCAGAGUGAGAUGGCACGACCAGAGCGCCGAGGCAGACUUUUAUCAGCGCAGGGAACAAUUACAAUCGUCGGGCUAUGUAUAGCAUACUGGCUCGACUACGGCCUCAGCUUCGUCGACUCCCCUGUUCAAUGGCGUUUCCCAAUCAGUUUCCAGGCUUUCUUUGCCGUCUGUCUGGUUUUGCAGAUGAUCCCACUUCCUGAUACACCUCGCUGGCUUUGUGAACAAGACCGCAUACGACUGCGUCGCCAGAUUGAAUCGGCUAUCGAGAUUGAGUCAUCAGGUGGCCCAUUCAAGUAUAAGGAGCUUUUAGCCGGAGGCAAGGUCCAGAACCUACGUCGCAUGAUUCUGGCCGGUCUGGUCAAUGUUCAGCAGCAGUUCACUGGGUCAAACAUGAUUAACUAUUAUGCACCAACGGUAUAUGAGAAUGCAAUGGGGCUUUCCCGAAACUUGGCGUUGAUUCUUGGCGGCUGCACUUCGCUUGCAUACCUGGUUGGUUCAAUCAUCCCUCUUUGGAGCAUGGACGUUCUCGGGCGACGCUCUUCCCUGAUGAUCUCUGCUGCUGGCCUCUGUGUCUGCUUUGUUAUGGUCGCCGCCCUGCUCUCUGUCGGUAGCACAGACUGUGCAUAUGCUGCAACGGUCUUUGUUUUUAUUUUUCAAAUCUUUCUGGGUGUUGGGUAUUUACCUGUACCUUGGUUUUAUCCCAGUGAGAUUACGACCACGCGCAUUCGGGCUCGAGGCCAGGCGUUUGCAGGCUUCGUGAACUGGAUUUGCGUCUUUAUUGUUGUGCAAGUGACACCAACUGCAAUUGAUAACAUCUCCUGGAGAACAUUCAUCAUCUUCGCGUGUUUCUGCUUUGCUUGGAUCCCGAUGGUGUUUUUCUUCUUCCCCGAGACAAAGGGCCUUGAACUGGAAGAUGUGGAUCAUCUAUUUGAAAGUGGCGGUCUUACCGGAGGCGUCUUUGAGUCUCGUGGUCGUCCUAUUGAGCCCGGACAUCACCGCACUAUCAACACCGAGAGGAUUGAGAAACAGAUCGACGAAAGACAUGAGCAUAUUGGUUUGUAG